UAAACUGUCAAAGUGUUUUGGAUUUGGGACGCGUCUUUUCUUUUUGAGUUCAAUUCAAUUUUGUUUUCUCCCAACUUUUUUCAAUUAAUUUCUUUCAGUUUUAAAUUAUUUUCUAAAAUAAAUUAAUCAAAAAUGGGUUCAAAAAAACACAAAAAACAUAAAUCCGAACGUCGUGAUAAAUAUGAAGAAUAUAGCAUGGAUCAUCGGCCAAGUAGUCUGAAAUUAAUUCUCAAAGUCGGAAGCAAUUCCACUCCCGAAUAUGGCAACGAUUCGCCGGCCUACAAUCAGCCACACGGAUUAGACAUCGAAAUGAUGCCUAGUAGCUCGGGAAGAGGAGAUCUAAUUCAUGGAAAUGUUGAAGAACAACAUUUCUUUGGUAAUCCCGAAGAAAUCCCUGAAAAGCAUAAAAAAUCCAAGAAAAAGAAAAAGAAGAAGGAUCGCGAGAAGAAGCACAAACAUCAUAAAGAAAAGCGACAUCGACAUCGCGAAGAUUCGUCUCAGGAUGAGUUUAGUUUUGUCGAAGAGAAUUCACAACCUUUGCCAGAGAAUGUGCUUUACUAUGCUGGCAUAACGACGGGGAAUAGUCCGUCGUGUCGGCCAGUUGCGAAGCCAAUUAUUCCCAAGAAAAUUGAGGAAACUAUCAGUUCGCCACUGAGUAGCCCAUUGAAGCUGUCAGAGCCAAUGCAGAGUUCUUCGGGAGGCAAGGUUUAUCUGGAGGCAGUGUCACCUCAGGCGAUGCAAAUCAAUAUCCCCUCGCCGGGCAGUGCCUCGACUCCGGGAACAGCUACAACUCCUGGCAAUUCCACUCCUGGACCAGCUCUAACCCCAAAACCACUGGAAGCCCCAAAAACUCCCAGUUCUUCGAGUGAAUCUGGCCGGGAACCACGCACUUGUGUGCUCAAACUGAAGCAGAGCAAGUCUCCUCUGACCAAACUCCUUGACCAUCUCCUCCGUUCGCUGGAGAAACGCGAUCCACAUCAGUUUUUUGCUUGGCCAGUGACCGAUGACAUUGCUCCGGGCUACUCUUCAAUCAUCACCAAGCCCAUGGACUUUUCGACAAUGCGUCAGAAGAUCGAGGACAAUGAUUACACGACUUUGGUGGAGUUCUCCGAUGACUUUAAGUUGAUGUGUGAGAAUGCCAUUCGCUACAAUCACAUUGAGACGGUCUAUCACAAAGCGGCUAAGCGGUUGCUUCAAAUGGGUUCCAAACUCCUGCAGCCGGAGAGCCUCAUGCGAAGUCUAAAGCCAUUGUCUGGUUACAUGAGGGAGUUGACUGCUAAAGAACUUGGCUUUGAGUUGUUGCACGGCGAGUUUAAUGACCACCAUAUGGCUGAUUCUGCGGACGAAGGAGCAUCUACCGGUGCAGAGGAACCGACACAGGCACAGCUCGAGGAGGAAGAGAAGAGACGGGCAUUGCGAGAGGAAAACGAGCCUAAGAAUCGCUUCCAACCUUAUGUCGAUGAUUUGACCUCGGAAGAGAUUUUGGCUCAGGUGCAGAAUGCCUCCCGGAUUGCCAAGAAGAAGCUCACAGCCAAGGAGAAGGCAUAUUCCAUGGGUUUUCUGAGGCAGAAUAAAGACGGAACCACUUCGAUGAAAAUUCUUCUUAAAGACGAGAAUGAAGGACCCGAAAAGGUGGUCUCGAUUGGGGAUAUGGUUGGCAAGCUGAAAACUGGAACUGGACAGUUGCAAGGGCUUCGCGAAGACAAACGCAAUUCGGCUAAAUUGGUGAAGCCAUUGAACUAUGGAGCAUUUGCUUCCUUUGCUCCAGUUUUCGAUUCGAGAUUUUCCAAUUUGGGCAAAGAGGAGACUGAAUUGGUUUUGAGAACUUAUGGUGAUGGAAGCAGUGCUGAAUACGCGGAAAGCAUCAUGCAAUUCACAAAAGACAGCAACUACGCGACUGUACUGGCCAGUAAGCUGUUGGAUGUACUUACGAAUGGGGAACAUAGCAAAGCUAUGGGUGAUCUCUACGACAUGCAAUGUCAAACUUAUGAAACCACCGAAAUUGAGAAAUGCUUCCCGGAAACCAAGGAGCAAAUUGAAGAGGAGUACGAGAAGUACAAGACCACAAAGAUUGAUUUUAACCGAUUGAAGUCGUUGAAUGAACUGGGAAUUGACAUGUCUUUCCUCAAUGAUAUGGAAUCAGAGACGAAGAACUAUGAACUGACUCGGCGGCUGAGUGAACAUUUGAGUAAUAAUCUUUCGUUGCUGGAGAAACUUCGGAGUACUCAGCAUGAACGAUUGUCUCAGCCAUUGCCAGCACAUUUGGCGCAUGUCCAACAGCCAGGACCUGAUGAAACCCAUCUGGCCAAUCAAGUUACUCUGCAUUUGUCGGAUAUUUGUAAGAAACUUCCGCCAGGUGCUAUUGCUGAUCCAUAUGGUUUGAGAAAGGCUAUGGGGCUAUCUAAUGUUGGACUACCCCCACCACCAACACCGCGAUUAAUUGUACCAGCAAUGUUGCAAGAACAAUGUCAAACAAUGACAAUUGGUGUGCCAACAGAACCAAUUAUUGGUGGUGUUGAUGGUGUGGCAAUGGAAAUUGAUGAUGAUGUUACCGAUUCCAAUCCAGUUCAUAAUUCGGUUGAUUUGGAAAAUGAAUUGAGGGAAUUUCUUGAGAGUGGACCAUCGUUGAGUACGAAUGAUGAGACGAGCAAUAUUGAUCAAUUGUUGCUAACUUAAUUCGAGUUAAAUCCAUUUUGGAGUAGGGAUUUGUUUUAAUUUUGUGUAUUUUUCGCGGCUCAGAAAAAAAUAAUGACAAUGAGACUAUUAACUACUUUUGGGAAAGACUGUAACUGUUUUACAUUUUUUUUCAUUCAUUCUUUCUUUGUUGUAUUUGAUUAUGUAAUGAGUCUGUUUGAUUUGUAAUUUUUUUUCUUCUGUUUCAAUUUUAAGGAUUUUCUUUUAAUAAAACAAUAAUUAUAAUCCAAUUGGAAA